AAGUAUGUAUUGAAAGAUUUGGGGAAGGUGUAUGUUUAAUAUAUCGGGCCAAAUAUCGACGGUUGUGAUUUCAACUCGGUGCGACAAUGUUUGACUUAGAUAAAGUGGGUUUGGAUUCAAGACAUUAGCAUGGCCAUAGAAAGCAAUUGCUAGCGGGAUAGAUAGGACCAUUCAAAGGAAAAGUCAUUUCUCUGUUAGGAGGAUUUUUUAUUCAAGAGAUAUCGAAAAUAACAGGAAAAGUAAUAAAGAUUCUAUCCUCGUAUAGUUAUAUCAACAUAAACAACUGAACCGAAAUUUGGAGGAACUUGUGAAUAGGAAGAGGGUUGAAAGAGCAAAGCGUUUCGGAAAGUGUAUAAUCGAACGCGAUUUUUUCCGCAUGCAAACCAGAUGACUUGAGCCUGGAAUUAAUAUCCCGUAACCAACUGAGUCUGAUUGUUUCAUGGUUCGGGAAAUUGUGUGGUGACAAGGACACGGGAUGAAUUGCCGGGUGGGGUUAGACUGGAUCGGCUGUGUGGUGCAAGUGGUGGGGGCCCUCUUUUUCACGAUUGGGUUUGGCACCCGAUACUGGGCCACCAGCGACAGUUCCGUGAACGCUGGACUUUUCACCACGUGUGACGGGUCGUACUGUUACGACACCCAUGUCUUCUACCACGGAAAGUCAGAGAAGGGGGCCAUUAUGGGGGCGGCGGUGCUUCAGAUCUUCACGUUAUGUGGUCUCUACCUCGUCCUUCUACUGAUGCUGCUUUACAUGUGUGGUCUGUUCAACGAGCGAUCAGUGUCCAGGGGUGCGGCAUUUACCGCUUUUGCGACAGCUUUGUUCGGAUUUAUCAGUGUCAUCAUGUUUGGUUCAGCCAUGACGUCACUACAGUACAGCCUAAAUUGGUCGUGUGCUUUUGUGAUAAUCGGCCUCAUUGUGGACAUUGCUGCCGGAAUUUGCAUCUACAUCGGCGGCCAGCAGUGGGAGGAAGCGCAGAAAGUACAACGGAAGAGAGAACUAUUUCCACCAAUCAAAUCCUCGCGUCUUGACCCGCGGCUGGAGCAGAGAAUACAAGCCGCCAAUCAAAAAGGAUCUAAUAAAAUUCUAAAGGCUGGGAUCAUAAGUCAGGCCCGAGGAUCAGCCUACAUUGAACAGAAUGAGACAAAAGUUAUGUGCGCUGUAUAUGGACCAAGAGAAGUAACAAAGAAGGAGGAAUUCAGCAUGAAGGGUCAGCUGACCUGUGAGUUUAAGUUCGCGACCUUCUCAUGUCGAGUUCGUCGCCAGUAUCAACAGGACAAUGAGGAGAGAGAUUACAGCUGUCAGUUACAGGAUGCCCUGGAACCUGCUGUCCGUAUGGAUAAAUUCCCCAAAGCUCAAGUGAAUGUAUAUGUGACUGUGUUACAAAAUGACGGCUCUCCUUUAGCAGCCUCUUUGACCUGUGCCUCAGUGGCUCUGGCUAAUGCAGGGAUAGAGAUGUACGACCUGGUGGUGGGAUGCUCAGCUAGAAUUACUCCCUCUGAAGUGUUCAUAGACCCCACAGAAUCAGAAGAUUACAAAGCAGAGAAUGACAAUGAGGCGGGGAAUGGCAGCGUGACCCUGGGGCUGAUGCCGUCCCUCAAUCAGGUGUCGGCCAUCACCUCCAAGGGCGAAGUGGAAUUUGAAUUACUAAAUAAGGGCACCAAACAAUGUGUUGAUGUUUGUCAGAAACUGUACCCAGUUCUCCAGCAGGCAGUGGCUAAAGCAGUGGAGGAUAGGUUGUCCAGUGAUCAUGUGACGUGACCCAUAAUUCCAUAGUCAUUAUAUUCAGCUUUAUGAUCUUUCAUUUACAGUCUUUGUUCAGUAAUAUCCAUAGUUCAAAGAACUUUGAUUGGAUCUGAUGCAGUUGUAUCCUGGUAUAUACUGUUAAACAGUACAGAACCGUCUUUAUAUCUGGUUAAUGCAAUUUGUGACAUUUGACAUUGCUGUAUUGAAAUUUAUGUAGUGUCAUUUUGUGAUUGAAAUAAACAUGUUAAUGAAAA